AACGGGUCUGAAGUGUAAGUGACCUAAUAUUAGUUCUAUUCGCUAAUUCUCGUUCUUUUCCCUCAGGUUAUGGUAGACUACGAGGUUGCUGUAAUUGGAGCUGGAAUAUCUGGUCUCACUGCUCUAAAGUGCUUUAAAGACAAGAACUUGUCCGUUGUCUGUCUUGAGAAAUCAGAUGACAUUGGGGGCUUGUGGAACUUCACAGAGAAGGGAUAUGGUGUCAUGAGAUUCACGCACAUCAACGUCUCUAAACAGAACUAUGUCUUCUCUGAUUUCCCGUUUCCCGACGAUGUUCCCGAUUUCCCGCACCAUUCCCAGCUUCUGAAAUACUUCCGUGACUACGCCACACAGUUCAAGUUGAUGAAACACAUCUGGACUAAUUGUAUAGUGGUGAGCAUCAAGCAACAGACUGGGGGAAUGUGGAAAAUAACGUUCGACAAAGGCAAAUACAACGAUCGUCUGGGACAGCAAUCCAUCACUGUGAGAAACGUAGCCAUAGCAACAGGUCACCACAGCAAUCCUUACAUUCCAAAGAUUCCAGGAGAGGAAUCCUACGUAGGAGUACUGUAUCACAGUAUGAGGUACAAGUGCGCUGCAACCAGUGGUAUCACGCCGGGUAAGCGUGUCCUAGUGGUUGGUAUGGGGAACAGUGCAGUGGACAUUGCAGACAACCAGGUAACACAAGGACAGUCCCAUGUUGAUAUCAGUGCCAGAUCUCCCACCUGGGUUUUCUCUCCCUACGUCCUGGGCUGCCCUGUAGAUCACUAUGCUACACGUGCACUCUACAUGUUACCACUCUCCAUCGUGGAGAAAAUAGUUCAGACUAUCAUGUGCAUCUUACUGGGGCUACCAAAACAGUGGGGUAUAUACCCUCUCACUUCCAUCCUCAGAUCCCAACCCACUGUCAGUCACACUCUCUAUCAUCACAUUCAACGGGGCAGUAUUUCCAUAAAGCCCGAUAUAACGAGUAUAGGACCUGGUAAGAAGGUUACAUUUAACGACGGAACCACAGACUGGUACGAGGCUAUCAUCCUGGCUACUGGCUACACGUUCGGACUACCCUUUAUAAGCAAGAACGACAGAGAACACAUAAUAACGGGGGUUAACGAGCUGAACCUUUACAAGAACGUCUUCUCUCCACGGUUCGGGUCCAGUCUGUCCUUCAUCGGGUUCGUACAGCCCACAUCGGGGGGCCUGGUCACCAUGUCGGAGAUGCAGGCUAGAUGGGCGGCCGAGUUAGCGUGCGGUACCGUGCAACUCCCAACUCCCACUGAGAUGCAGAACUCAGUAAACGAAGACAGAUGUUGGGAGAGGAGCUGGUAUUAUAACAGUAAACGCCUGACUAUCCAGAAGAUUCCUAUUCUCUACAAUGAUGAUAUAGCGGAGAUGAUCGGGUGUAAACCAAACAUUAGGAAGCAUCCCACUUUAGCAUGGAAUUUAUUGCUCUCCAUUUCUGCAUUCCAGUGGAGACUUGAUGGGCCGGAUAGGUGGUCAGGAGCGGAAGCUAUGAUCAAGAAGAUCAAACCGACUCCUUUCUAUCAUUACUCAAUGCUCUUUAUACUGACACUCGCUGCUUUACUCAUCUUAGGUGCUCUUAAAUUCAUUUUGUGUCAGCUAUUUUAGGAGUUAAUAAGUUUAUAUUUUGGUUUGUUUGAUCAGUGACCACGGGUUUUAUCUGAACAUUCUAAAUCAUAUUAUGUUCUAAAUUUAAUUGUACAUCUGUAUUUUAGCUUUAUAUCCUGAAUUUCUAGCGUUGAAUGCUUGGAUGUUUGUAGUUCCUAUUUUACUUUUAUUUUUUGUUAAAUUCUUUUUAUUUUGUUGUAUCAAUUGUAUUCCAUUGAAACUAUUCGCACAUAAAUUCCCAAAGUUCUUACUAUAACCCCACUGGGUAGUGUAUACUGUAUGUUUACACCGAAAUAUGACAUGAAAGUCUGAGUUCUUUCAGUGGUGGCACAAAUUUUAUGUAAUAUUUGUACAUUUUAUUAUAAUAGAAAAUGAAAUUAAACCCAACCGAGAUUGCAUAUUUGCUUGGAAACGUAAACUUUCCAAAAGAAGAGCAUCGUUUUACUGCUGUGUUUACAUAAGCUGUGACAUUUGGUGUCGUCGUUACUGGGGUAUUUACUGUGGUAUUCUUAGGGUAGUUGCAUAAAUAUUCAACUUCAUUGUAUCUAUUGUAAUAUAAAUAUAAACGUACAUUAUAUUCAUAUAUUGCACGACGUACAUGUCGUGUGUACGUUUCGUUGGUUUAUUUUUAAUAAAAUAACAUUUGAAUGUUUUUAUUGACAGAGUAGCAUGCGGAGGAAAAUAGACCGUUUGGUAUAACAUACUACAUAGGCACUAGGUAGUUAUAAUUCUAAUAUUAGUCAUAAUGGCGUUACUUGGCCAUGGAAGUUUGUGUUCCAUGGAAGUAUUGAUUUCACGAAAGUUCCCGUUUCAUUUCAUGCAACGGAAAUAUAUGUUGGCCAUAUCUAAGAUAUGAUAUCUUUAAACUUUAAUUCGAUAAAAGAUAAGGAGAGAUUGAGACUCAGGCUCUAUGACCAUCUUUGGUCGGAAAGUUGGAAAGUCAGUAUGAUUUAAUUAUAUUGUUAUGAGGACUUGCUUGAACUUGUGUGUUAUUUUUAGUGUGUUCCUAGUAUUGUAGUUGGUCACUUUUCAUCAGAGACAUGUAUAUUUAGUACAGUUAAACAGGUAAAUUAUUUAAUCGUAUUUCUAAUGCGUGGUACCACUAAUACUGAUAAACUGUGGGACCAAUAGUAUUAACGGCCAGUAUGGCGAUCUAGCGAUAGAAUUACGGAUGUAGAGUCCAUAUCAGCAUUAUACCGUACGUCCGUACAUAUUUGCUUUACAUUGUGGCCGUCUCUGGAUCGCUUACUGUUCUUGGCCCAUUCGGUUAUCAGUUGCAACUCAGACGUUCACUUUCUAUGAAAUCAAACUCACUAAUAUUUCAGGUUUCGUAAUUGUUAUGUGUAAUAUAAUAUGUAUAUUACAAAUUAAAUUAUAUCAGAUAGCAGCAUUAAUAUUAUUAUGAUUAAUAUUAUUCACAAUCUGAUUUAUUUGAUGAAUGAUGCCACUGUUUUCAAACAAAACCAUCGUUUUCUCCUUAAUUGCAUUUGAUCAAAAUUUUAAAUCAUUUAAGACUAAAUCUCUGCACUUGAUUGAAUCUAUAGUCUAUUUAAACUCUGUCUAUUUAUCAAUCUGCCGAAAACAUGCACAAUCUAACUUCCAGUACUGUUUAGGUUUGAUGGAGUUCAAGUUAUGUCUGUGCACUGUCUCCCUCCUCAUAGUCUGCAGAACUCACAAAAUAAUGAUAGUUUCCUCCGCGGCCCCACAUAAAGGUCUGCCUCUGUUAUCACGUGAUGUACUGAGUGAUGAAGAUGAGCUGCAUUAUCUUUCUCUCUUGUACCCAGAUGAUCACGAACUGGAUCACGGCUGUCAGGCUGCUUACUUUGGUGCCAAGAUAUCUGACCAACCGGGCUCGUUUGGAGGUGCUCUAAGUGAGGCG